CUGCAUUUCUUUUGUAGUUGUACAAGUUUUCAAUAAGAGAAUUUAUUGAUGGGGAAAUUAUGCUGAAGACACAAACCUACAGGCAAUGGAAGUGAGAGUUUCAGAGGCGCUUGGUAUCUCCUCAGGAUCAUGUCACCAGGACAACUGUAUGUUUGCGCCCCUGCUGGAGAGUCAGGCCUCCAACUCUUCUGGAGGCGAUGGGCAUGUUCUUCACAACCACACCAUCAGCCAUUCAGCGUCCUGGAGCUCCUCACUUGCCAGCAGUGUCAACUCUGGAGGCACAGCAACAGAGACCAACAAACACUCAGGCAUGCACACGAGCAUCAGCGAGAUCCCGAAGGAGAAGAGCCUGAAGCCGUCUCGCCGCAGCCUUCCCUGCCUUGCCCAGAGUCAGACUCACCCAAUCAACCUCAACCACUUCCUUUCUGUGCCUCUGAGCCCGGAGCCCAAACCAGAUGUGGAAGUUCUGACUCAGGGCAUCAGCACUUCCUGCAGCCUUCUCCCCCCACAGACAGCAGACGAUGGCGGGGAUCUCUAUAUGGAGGAAUCAGAGGUGACAACGUGUGAAACAAGGACAGACGAGCCAUUUCUGCUACAAAAGCCUGUCACCCGUGCUAAACUAGAGGCCCGCGCGGAUUCAUUUCAGCGAAAGAAUCCUGCUCAUUCCUCUGGGCUCUUUUUCCGAGAUGGAAAAAAACGAAUUGACUACAUCCUGGUCUACAAGAAGUCCAGUCCACAGGUGGAGAAGAGGUGCACGUUUGAGAAGAACCUGCGUGCCGAAGGCCUGAUGCUGGAGAAAGAGCCGUCUUUGACAAACAACGACAUCAUGUUCGUGAAAGUCCAUGCUCCGUGGGACACACUUUGCAAAUAUGCGGAGCAGAUGAACAUUCGAAUGCCUUUCAGAAAAAAAUGUUACUUCACGGACUGGAAGAGUAAAACCCUUCGCAGCAGGUUUCAUCGGAGAUGUCAUCAAAUAAAAAGUUGGCUUCCCAGAAAUCCCAUGAAGCUGGACAAAGAGGCCUUGCCUGACCUGGAGGAGACUGACUGCUACACAGCCCCCUUCAGCAGAGCACGCAUGCAUCACUUCACUAUCAACAACAAAGGGACCUUCUUCUCCAAUUCCACCAGAAGCAGAAUAGUGCAUCAUGUCCUGCAGCGCACCAAGUAUGAGGACGGGAAAUCAAAGAUGGGUAUUAAUCGGUUACUGGGCAACAACACAUAUGAGGCUGCGUUUCCUCCACACGAGGGUGGUUACAAGAGCAGACAUCCUAUUAAGACGCAUGGUCCCCAGAACCACAGGCAUCUUCUGUAUGAGCGCUGGGCUCGCUGGGGAAUGUGGUACAAAUAUCAACCUCUUGACCUCAUCAGGCGUUACUUUGGUGAAAAGAUUGGCCUUUACUUUGCAUGGUUGGGCUGGUACACGGGCAUGUUGAUCCCUGCUGCCCUGGUUGGUGUCUUCGUCUUCCUGUAUGGUCUGUUCACUAUGGACUCCAGUCAAGUCAGUAAAGAAAUAUGUGAAGCCAACACUACCGUCAUGUGUCCUAUGUGUGAGGAAACCUGUGAGCCGUGGACGCUGAGUGACAGCUGUGUCUAUGCAAAGGUGACCCAUCUGUUUGACAAUGGUGGCACUGUGUUCUUUGCUAUCUUCAUGGCUAUUUGGGCCACGGUAUUCCUGGAAUUCUGGAAAAGGAGGAGAGCGGAGCUGACUUAUGACUGGGAUCUCAUUGAUUGGGAAGAGGAAGAGGAGGAGCUGAGGCCUCAGUUUGAAGCCAAAUACUCCAGGGUGGAGAGAGUCAACCCCAUCUCUGGCAAACCCGAGCCAUUCCAGCCUUUCUCAGACAAACUCAGCCGGCUCAUGGUGUCGGUGUCCGGAAUAUUUUUCAUGAUUUCCCUCGUUCUGACAGCUGUGUUUGCCGUGGUGGUUUUCCGUCUCAUUGUGAUGGAGAAGUUUGCUUCCUUCAACUGGAAGUUUGUGAAGAAGAACUGGCAGUUUGCCACCUCCGGCACUGGCGUCUGCAUCAACUUCAUGAUCAUCAUGUCUCUCAACGUGGUGUAUGAAAAGGUGGCCUAUCUGCUGACCAAUUUAGAGCAUCCAAGAACAGAGUCUGAGUGGGAGAACAGCUUUUCUCUGAAGAUGUUCCUCUUCCAGUUUGUGAACUUAAACAGCUCUACAUUUUACAUUGCUUUCUUUCUCGGGAGGUUUGCUGGCAGGCCUGGGAAAUACAAUAAACUCUUUAAUCGAUGGAGACUGGAGGAGUGUCACCCGAGCGGCUGUUUGAUUGAUCUGUGCCUGCAAAUGGGAGUCAUCAUGUUCUUCAAACAAAUCUGGAACAACUUUAUGGAGCUUGGUUACCCUUUGCUGCAGAACUGGUGGUCCCGCAGGAAGAUAAAAAAAGGAGGAGGAGGAGGAGGAGGAGGAGGGCAGAAUGUAGAGAAUAAAAACCAGCUUCCACAGUGGGACAAAGACUGGAAUCUGCAGCCGAUGAACGCCCAUGGGCUGGUGGAUGAGUACCUUGAAAUGGUUCUCCAGUUUGGCUUCACCACCAUCUUUGUAGCAGCUUUUCCGCUGGCUCCUCUCCUCGCUCUGCUCAACAACAUCAUUGAGAUUCGUCUUGAUGCCUACAAGUUUGUCACUCAGUGGAGGAGACCCAUGCCGGCCAGAGCCACUGACAUAGGAAUCUGGCAUGGGAUUCUCGAAGGUAUCGGCGUGCUGGCAGUCAUCACCAAUGCCUUCGUCAUUGCAAUCACCUCUGACUACAUCCCCCGCUUUGUUUACGCCUUCAAAUAUGGCCCAUGUGUAGACAAGGGCCAUCACCACGAAGAUGAGUGUUUGCAAGGCUACGUGAACAGCAGCCUGGCCGUGUUUGACAUGGGCGAGAUUAUGAACAGCAGCCAGUCCAGAUACUGCAGGUACAGAGACUACAGAGCGCCACCCUGGAACUCUGUGCCGUAUGAGUUCACCCUGCAGUUCUGGCACGUCUUGGCUGCCAGGCUCGCCUUCAUCAUCGUCUUUGAGCACCUGGUGUUUGGGAUCAAGUCCUUCAUAGCCUACCUCAUUCCGGACAUGCCGAGGGAUCUCUGCGAUCGCAUGAGGAGGGAAAAGUACCUGAUGCAAGAGAUGAUGUAUGAGGCAGAACUCGAGCACCUGCAAAAAGAGAGGAGAAAGAAUGGACGACGUUAUCACCACGAGUGGCCUUAGCUUUGUUUCCCCAUGUCUCCACUACACACGUCGCAGCACACAGACACAACCUUCACUGCCUGCUUAUUUAUAUGUAUGUAUUUUAGCAUCAGACUUCACUGAUUCUGAACACCAAAGACAACUCCCGUUCAGUGACCAGAUCCUCCCCUGAGCCUGUUUGGCUUCAGCUCAAGUCCCGGCCCUGACCACUUCCUCACCAUCUGUUCCACAUCUAGUGUUGGCGCUUAUCUUCGUUCCUGGCUCUGACCCUCUCUGCCUCGCCCCGAUCCCUCACAUGGCUGCAUCCAGCAGGUUGCCCUCGAGUCUGUGGCUUUAAUGGGGGAACCUCCGCAAUUGCAAUGUUUACUAUGCAGAUCAAGAGCUGCAGAUCACCAUUGUUCACUUUUUUGGCAUCCACCCUGCACUCUUCUGUGUGGCAGCUACCACUUCAUUUUGACUCUGCAGCCUGGUGCAGCCUCUACAGCAUGGCCGUGUAUUUCUAACUAUGAGUGGCAGCUGAGCCACGUGAUGUGAUAGCGCUACUGUGGAACUUACUGUAUUGUUGCAAAAGUGAUUCUGGUGUUGUGGCUACCAAAUGAAUAUUGACUGCUCUUGCAAAGGGACUGUACGUAUAUUGCCCUUGAAGCAUGAUGAUAAAAAAAAAAAAAAUGGCUACCAUUUCAUUUCAGACAAAAUGAACAUAAAAAACAACGGGAGUCAUCGUUAAGGAUUUUAAAAUCCUCUCAGUUCAUUUGACAUGAAGUUCUCGGUGAAAUGAUGCAUGACAAUAUUGUUUUGUACCUCGUAAUAGAUGAAGUCCUUGUCUUGAUGCCUGGUUCAUGUGUGUCUGUGCUCAGUUUGUGCUGUUUGCUCAUUUCUGUCUGUGCAACUGCUGAGCUUGGCUGUCCAGAGUUUGGGAAAUGUGAACUUUGAAUUUGAUUGUGCCUACAGUUGUGUGCAUCACAACUGUGUCACCAAAAUCACGUGUGCCUGUUUGUGUUGCACACGCUUUUCUAGUGCAAGACUUUUACCUUUUUUUUUCCUCGUUCUGUCGUCCAAGCUGCUGUACAAACUCUGAACGCUGCUGUCAGGAUUUGUUUUGGAUGUGAGUCACACCACUGUACCUACUCGGCUCUCAGCUAACGGCUCUAUAAUGCACGGAGAGUGUACAUUGUAAUGCGACUCCCGGCGUGGACAACAUAUACAACUGCAUGCAGGAGCUGCAAAUCUGUUCUUCCACUCUGUGCUUGCAGCAUGUUUUUCAUUUGCUGUUGGAAACCCUGGUCGAAACUUGGACUACUCUGACAUACCUGUGGCUUGAUGUUCAGUUGAAAAAAAGUCUGCCCAGUGUUCUUCACUCAGAAUCGUUCUUCACUUUUAGUAUAUCACUUAGCAGUUGUGGUUUCAGCUGAUUCUCUCAAAGUGAGACAUAAGAUUUUUUUUUUUUCAAUGCAGAUUCAUGACAUUGCCUUUUAUUGUGAGUUCUGAUGGAUUACAGCAGCAGGUUUUUCGCCCUAAUGAGAACUCAGGAAAACAGGCAGCGAGAGCAACACAUCCGUCUGAAUCAUGAUCAUUCCCCGCUUCAUUCAUGUUGGGAUGGAACGUUUUGAUGCAGCUAGAGAAUUGAUGUGAGAAUUAAUGAGCGAGUGGAACUGAGGAGGUGUAAACUAACUCACUCAGCACUAACGGUCACUUUGAUCUUGUACUGAUAAAAUAUGACAAUGGCGGAGACUGAGAGUUAAGCGUAUUAUGCAGAGAAGUGAGUCUGAAGGUGAAGGAUAUCACUACCCUGAACGCAUUGCACAACACUGAGAAACGUAUUCCUCAUUUUAACUGUCCUUUGUAUAUACAUUUUAUGACGUAUGUAGUGUUUUUUAUACUGUUUAUCGCGUACGUCGUGUAUGAGUUCACCUGUUUUCACCCUCUGAUCGACAAAAUGUCCACAUUUCUCAGGUGUCCUUUGAAUGUUUGCAGAUGAUCAAAGUUUUAUCAUGUUUUCUAUAAUGCAAUCAAAGAAAGCCUGCUCUUUUUAGA